AGUAUCGUAACGACGAUUAAAUUAUUUUAUUUGGUCGGUUUUAAAAUUUCUUCUUCAAUCUGUCUGUCUGUCUCCAUUCAUUUAAUGCUUGAACUAAGACCAGUCAUCAGUCUUCGCUUCGCGAUACACAAGAAAAAGAGACCCCCCUCCCUCUCUGUAAUCUAUAGUACGCACAUUGGAAGAAGAGAGACACAGAGAGAGAGACAUUGGAGACGGCGUUGAUUCCCAGCGGAAGCGGUUCAUAUGGGAGGUGAGAAACAAAGUUCGAAAAGCAGAGGAGGUUAUGUUGGUGGUUUCCUCCAGCUGUUUGACUGGAAUGCAAAAUCUCGGAAGAAGUUGUUCUCGAGCAAAUCAGAUUUACCUGAGCAAUCAAAGCAGAAGAAACGGAGCGAUGGGAAUCUGCCAAUGAACCGUUUUAAUCUGAUUGAUGAGGACGAACAUAUAGCAGGUUCAAGUAUCAAAGGAAGUAGUGACUAUAGUCGUGCUUCAUCAGUGACUGAUGAAGAAGGACAUGGAACGAAGCCACCAAGUGUCAUUGCUAGGCUUAUGGGAUUAGAUUCCUUGCCGACGUCCAAUCCCACUGAUCCAUUCUUUAUCCCAUUUUUUGAUUCCCAAUCUCUUCAGCAUGGUCAUUACCACAGGAGAACCCUCCAAUUUCAUGAUGGUCAUCAAACCAUGCAUUCUGGCAAUUUGCCAAAUAAGCUAGAGGUCCCAGUUAAGAAGGCAGUGGAGCCAAAACUUCAGAAAAUGAUUAGUUCACCAAUUCAGAAGUUCCAAUCUGAGGUUCUACCUCCUAAAUCAGCUAAAUCUAUUCCAGUUACUCAUCACAAGCUUCUGUCUCCCAUCAAAAGCCCUUGUUUUGUUCCACAUAAGAAUGCAGCUCAUAUAAUGGAAGCAGCUGCUAAGAUUAUUGAACCAGGACCUCCGGCUGUUACCAAGUCUAGGAUGCCUCUACUAGGGACUUCUUCAGUUCACUUGAAAGUUAGGGACUUGAAAGAGAAAUUGGAUGCCUCUGACAAAUUUUCUGGUCCUGCUGAAGCUUUUAGUUUUAGAAGACCAGUUGAAUCUAACCCUGCUAAGUUUCUAAAGGGGCAGGCUAUGAAUAAAAGCUGCAAUCGAUCAGAAGAAUGUUCUAGUGUAAAGGGUAAGGGGAAAUCUGUUUCACUUGCACUCCAAGCAAAGGUCAAUGUUCAAAAAAGAGAAGGCUUGAACACAAGUGGCUGCAGAAAUUCAUUUGGCCAGAAAGAACAGGGUGAGAUCAUGCCAAGCCAGCCAUUUAAAAGUCAAACAAAUAGCCAAAGAAGUACGCAGAAGAAACCUGCUGUACACAACACUUCCAGUGUACUCAGGCAGAAUAAUCAAAAACAGAACUGCUUAAAUGGCAAAGAAAAGUUGCUCUCAAAAUCAUCAAACUCAAAAGGUAGGAAGAAGCUGUCUGGAGAUUCUUCUUUAGCGCUACACAAGAACUCAAGUAGAUUUGGAGGCAGCUCCAAAGUUGGUGCAAAGAAACUGAGGCCUGAGGUAGCUGAUAAAAUGGAAGUUUCAGAUUCCAGCAUACAAAAUAUUUCCCGCAAGAAACGGUCUAUAGAUGGGAACUUUCACCUAGACAAAAAUCUGGCUACUGAUAGGGUGCUGGUUAACAAAACUGAGAAACCAGUACAACCUGAUGCAGUUGUAGACAUACACUUCAAUGGGGCUGAAGAUAGCAAGAGGAAAGGGAUUGAUGUUAUUUCUUUUACAUUCACAGCUCCCAUGACAAGAUCAGCACCUUCCUUUGUGAUCCCUAGAUUGAGAUCAGAGGAAAAGAAUAAGUUUUCUGCAGAAUGCGAAGGUGAAGUGUCUCUCAAUAACACCAACAGUACAACAGGAUCCUUUCAGCGAUAUAAUGUGAUAGGAGCUGAUGCCUUGAGUACUCUGUUGGAGCAAAAGCUAAGGGAAUUAACUCAUGGAGCUGAGCCUUCCUGCUAUAGACCUGGGAUAGCUGGUAAUUCUGGUUUUAGUUUUCAGGAGUUGGAGCACACUCCAAAAGCAGUACUGACUACACCAAUUUCAAAUAACAAAAAGAGCAAAGAUGAGCUGUAUGGUUCAAAUUCUUCUGCAGUUAAUCCAUUGGGACACAUGACAAAACAUAAGUUUCAGGUAAGAGAAGUAAUGGAUGACUGUGGCGGCGAUGAGUUGCUCCGACAUCCAAGUCCAAUCUCUGUUCUUGAACCUUCCUUUUCAACAGAAAGUUGCAACUCGUCAGAGAGUGCGUAUAGUAACAGUACUGAAGGCAACAAGCAGUGCUCAUCUAGUCAAGCUCAAGAAGUGCUUGGUGUGAAUUCUUCAAAGAAGUCCCAUUUAGUGGACACUGAUGCAGAUUUAUCAGACUCGGCUUCUUCAACGUCUGCUAGAGCUAUUGCUAGAAGAAAUGGAAGUGCCUUAUCCAUGGCUGGUUUUCUGGGGUCAACCAGAUGGGAACUGGAUUAUGUGAAGGCAAUAAUGUUUAAUGUGGACUGGAUGUUUAAGAGCUUUACCUUGGGGCAGGCCAGGGAGACCAUUAACCCUCGCCUCUUUGAUCAGCUCGAAAGUAGAAAGGAAUUCUCGGAAAGUGAAGGAGAAGAGCCUAAGCUGAGGCGAAAGCUUUUGUUUGAUUGUGUGAGUGAAUGCAUGGACUUGAGAUACAGGCCUUGUGCGAAUGGAGGAUGCAGGAUAUGGGCAAAGGGGUUGUCAACCCUGAGAAGGAAAGAGUGGUUAGCUGAAGAAGUAUACAAGGAGAUUUCAGGAUGGAGCAGCAUUGGGGGCUGUUUGGUAGAUGAUGUUGUGGGGAGCGAUAUGGCCAGCCGCCAUGGAAAGUGGCUCGACUUUGAAGUCGAAGCAUUUGAACUGGGAGUGGAGAUUGGGGGUCAGAUGCUUGAGUCUUUGGUUAGUGAACUGGUUGCUGAUAUUUUGCUGCUUUAAUCCUAUGAACAUAAUUUUGUUUCACCUCCUAGAUAAAAUUUUCGUAGAUGCCCUUGUAUUUUUGGAUGUUUAUGUUGUCCAUAACAGUAUCUCGUUAUACAGUUUCUUUUUUGUGGUAUUUGAGCAUGUUCCUGAGGAUCGAUCAUAUGAUCAGCAAAAUCCUAUUAUGUAGUCGGAGCUUUCACUGGGUUUUUUUUUUUUUUUUUUAGGUUUUUUGGGUGUGAAACCAAUGUUCGAAUGCACAUGGUUUGAUGCUCUCGCAUAAAGGUC